AUGUCAUAUUUCGCGAUUCUGUGUCCGCUCUCUAAUAAGAACCAGUGGUUUACCGGUCGUUGCCAUAUAGUGCUCAUUAUUGGAUGGAUAUUGGGUGGCAUAUUAGGACACGUAGCUAUGUGGAAUUGUGUGUCCGAAAUGUUGAUCCACACGACAACUGAAGCAUUCAUAUGGAAUAACACCACUUAUUAUGACUGCAGAGGAGCAGAGAUGGAUGAGUUGACGAGCAAAAUAUACAACACCUCAGUCUUCAUAUUGACGUUUGCUUUCCCGUUAUUAAUACAAACUUUCUCUUACGCCUCGAUUGGAAGAAAGCUAUUGAGAGACAAAAUUAUUAAUAAUAAGUUAGCGCUCAGAAGAAACAGCGGACACGAGAGGGACAGAGCAAAAAUACAGAAUAGAAAUCUACUGUAA